UGUUGAUCUUCCAGAUUGGAUGCAUGCUCAACCUCUACUCCUCUAAGGAGACAUUUGCUCAUUACUUCCAGUAUUAUCUUGACAAUACAAGCUACAGGUUUCCCCUCUCCAGCUAUUUAUUGAAUGGCAAUGGCUUGUCUGCGCAUCAGUCCGCGCCAGCUUUCGCGGCCAGCAUUACACAUUCGACGCUUGGCACAGCACUAUCGGUUCUAUUCUUCCUCGAAAUCCGACAUUGCGAGCAUCACGGACAUCAAAGCCAUUCUUUCAAAACCCAGUUGGUCCGUCAGAUCUUUACUCCCCGAUGAAACCACGAAAUCGCCACCAGCAGUCACGCCCGAGCAGCUCCACCAUCUCCUCCGUCUGUCCGCUCUUCCACAGCCUGCAAGCAAAGAAGAAGAAAAGGCCAUGAUUGACACUCUCGAGUCCCAGAUCCACUUUGUGAAAGAAAUCCAGCGCGUUGAUGCCAGUGGUGUAGAGCCGCUUCAAAGUAUCCGCGACGAAACGCCGGAGGCAGUGAAGGAGAACACAAUCGGAUUGGAUCGCCUCAAAGAGGCUAUGUCCAAAGAGCGGGUUAUUGGACGGCGAAAGAGAGUACAGCGCAUUCAGGCGGAGAAGAAUGAGCAUCCAGAUGGUGACGCCUGGGAUGGCAAUGCUCUGGGUUACGCAUCGAAAACGAAGGGAAGGUUCUUUGUCGUCGAGUCGGGCAAUUGAUAUCCUCCUCUCUGGAUUUGGGGAAAGUCAAUUUCUAUUCCCCUCUAUGUCACCAACGCUUUUCUAAGGUCGAAUCCGAAACGGCCGUACUAGUACAUACCAACUUGGAUUACAAUGCUGCAUGCUUUGGAACCAAAGCUUGCCAUUUUGGUUCGGAUCAUAUAAUGAACUGCACUUCCUUUCCAGCCUACCUGUUUAAUGGAACGAAAGGUACGGCUCUAUGUUUCUGUUCUGGUCUUGAACUAGGAUCCCAUCUUUCUAGGUUCAGUGGCUUUGAGCUACCUAGAAUCGCAGCUAGGGAACUCGUGCUUUCAAUACGGGUUUCUAAAACGGGAAGGCCCAACAAUCGAGAAGUGAAGAUAGAAUGGUGAUUAUUGGGGUCAAUUAAACCCUUUCAGGUCAUAUCGGGAAAAUCAACCUCCCUCAUUUGUACACGCAAAGUACUAUAAGAUAACCCCAUUUCCUUGGGGCCAUAAGCCAAUGUAAAUAGAAUAGCCCAUGGCAGAAAAGAAUACUGAUACAUAAC